UACAUUUUCCAUGUUGCAGUGGCCACACCCUCCGCUGCAUUGAGAGCAAAAGUCCUUUCUUUUUCCUUUUCUUUUUACUAAACUACAGAUUGUCAAACCCGAAUCACACGCCAUGCCGGUUUUUCAUGAAGACGUUUUGUUCCUCCGGUGGCUCUCCCACGUCGAGCACGACUCUGCACACCUGGGAGAGCACGAUGGUGCGCACGCGGCGCUGUCAGUUUCGAGCGCCGCUCUACCCCGUGGAAAGGAGCACGUCGGCGAUGACGGCACCGACAGCGACAACGAUGACGACGACGAGAGGAUCCGCGGCCUCUUGCGCAGUAUAGAGGCACAGGCCCAGAGACUGAUCAGCGCCACCAAUAUUGCCCUCGGGACGGCUGAUACCAUGCGAGGUCUAGAGCAGAAGCUCGUGGUGAUGGACGCGGAAUUGGCCGCCUGCCACAUUUCUCCGGAUCCAUGGGACGUGUCCGGUGAUUCGAAACCGGAGGCGCCGAGCAUCCCUGAAGGUGAAGAAGAAAAAGCCUGGAGCAGCGCAGAAGAAGAAGUUCUGAGUAGCACAGAAGAAGAUGCCCAGAGUUCGUCCUCCUGGCCCGAUGACUGGGAUGGGGAAUCAACCGUCUCGUACGCGUCGCUGGUGAAUCAUUAUGUUGAGCUCAGGAUCGAGGCCCUCGUCUGCCUCAGGCAGCAGGAGGACCGCCUCGAGUCUCUAUACUCCGUCGGCUUAGGGCGCCGCCUCGACACGGCCGGUGCGGGCGCCCGCGCCCACGAGGCGCGGCUGGCGCAGCUCGACGACAGCAUGGCAGAGCUGGACAGGCUCAAGGAGUACCACUACCGCGCGCUCAGGGAGUGCGAGCGGGCCGGCUGCUGGAUGACGAGGGAUGUAUAUGUCGAAUUCAACGAGGAGGACGUCCUUGCUCUGCACGAUGCGAUCCGCGAUCUUGAUCGUGAGAUCGAGGCCUUCACAUGGGAGCGUGGACUCCCCGCAUGGGAAAUCUGGGCCGAUGGCGACGACGACUGCUUGGAGCGGCUCUUUUGCUGAUUCCCUUCUGUGUUGCUGUCUCGGAUCGUCCUCGGGAGACGCUGGCCGCCUCGGGCUGAAUAGAGUUUUCCCUCUUGCCUUGGGCGAUCUUUCUCGUCUGGAAGGUUAUAUAUCUCUUUAUUUAACG